CCGAUUUCGUGUUAUGUGUACAGAGUCGACUUGGAGACUGGGUCUAUAACAAUCGCUGCAUGGAUAGAGAUUGAUGGGACUAAACCGUCAGUCUUCCGACUUGGGCUUGCGGAUAUUCACAAACCCUCGGAUCUGUCGCUUGAGUCUCUGCUACAGAAACGUGUAAAGCCCAUGUGCGAGCAACCUACUUUCUCCGGAGACUUGGAGAUCAACGUUGAAACAUCCACGCCGCUGAAUGAACCCCAAUAUCGAUUCUUUACGGACUUUAUUUAUCAAUGGACAUACAUUAUGGCAUUACCCUUCAAGACUGUUCAAUGCGCUUGUUAUUGCUCUCCUACAAAUUGCAGCAUGGGAUCUCGGAAUAAAGCCCGAACCCCCUGGCUUUUAUUUUCCUGAAUUUCGUGCACUCACUCAUGUCUUACCUUCAUUCUUCUGAAAAGAGUCGCUUGCCCAUAGGGAACAAUGGGGAGUAAAUUUGCCUCCUAAGAUAUUCGACAUGAUAUUCAAAAAGCUGAGCCCAAGAGACAUCCUAUCUCUAUGUCACAGCUCAUUUGCGACCGAAAAUUGGUCCUAUUCUUCGGUGCCCCAAUUUGGCGACCUCAAAGUGCGGCGCUCCGAGUCAUCGGUCCCGUGUUGCGGUUCCUUGGAUGAUCUGGAUGCUGGCGUUUGUUGCUACUCAUGUUACACAUGGAAACACAGAAAAUGCAUUGGCUUGGCGUCCCUCUCAUCUAAUAAGCGAUACCCUUGUCCCGAUUGCCAUGAGGGCAAAAAUUGUUCCAGUCUUGUCCCUGGCGGCAUUGCUCAGGCCACUGGACAAAGACCUCAAGACCCUGGGAUAUCACCUUGAUGGUCAUCCUGAUAGUCAUCCUGAUAGUUCAUGUUGGGUGUCAUGUUAAGGUUAACGGCUGUCCCAAGGCCCUUAAGCAACGUUUGCACUCGUCCACACGUCCUUUACCAGGAGUCUUACCGGCAUACGCGAUUGAUUCUGCGAUAUAUUUUGGGAGUGCAUUUUCCGGUCUAGCGUACGGAUUGGAAGAAGACUUGUCAUGCUAUCCGAAUCUUCUUUCUGUUCAUUAUCAAUUUCUUCUUGGAUCUACAUACCAUGAGAACUGUUGACGCAGGAUUUUUGCACGAUGAUAAAACCACACUGAGCAUCUAGCGGCCCAUUUUUUCCAGGACACAAAUGGAUUUAUUACCCGAAAGUACAAGUCUAGCGUACUUUAUGAUUGGUCGGGUCAUU